AGUAUACAUAAUUUAAUCGGGUUACUUACUCCAAGUGUUUUUCUUUGGAAUGAAACGAUUGUUGUAUAAGAUUCACUAUGAUAGGACAUUUUGUACCAAAAGAAGCGUUCAUAGUUUGAGAAUAUUUUUUGAACGAACCUAGAGCAUGUCAUGAAAUUAGAAUCAUUCACAAACCCAACUGAUCAAGUUGAAAUCUUUUGACACAAUCAAACAUUGCUUCAAGGACACACAUGCCAAACCAUUUUAAACACAUUGUAGAAUAUAUUGAAGUUUAGUUAAUAGUGUUGUAAAUAAUGGACAUGUAUGUUUUCAGAAUAAGCAGAUAACUAAGCUAUGGAAGGGUGCUCUACAAUUACGGAGAAGUUAGAACCAAAGUACUUCACAGUCUUUGGAUUUCUGUUGAACAUUCUACUGAUACCAAGAUUCGUUAUAACAGCAGUAUCUCAAACAGAACUUUUCAAUACGGACAACUUUGUUUGUACCCCAAAUGUCACUCUUGAUUUGGAUUCAGAAAGCAUAAAACAAAGAUGCCAUGAUACAUUUGCUGCAACCUCGACAUGGCCGCCACAUGCCAAUUGGUACACACAAUUAGGUGCAACAAUUAGCCUUGUGUUUUUCUUCUUCUAUUUUCCAUCUUGGUGGACUGUUAACCAUACGGAACAGCUGUCAGAAGGAGAAACGAAAACCAUUGCUCGUGGAUAUCUCGCACAGACAGCCUUCAGAACAAUCAUAGAGUUCGGCUUCGGUGUUACACAGGUUGCCUUAUAUGGGUUCCAGAUCCCUAGUCAGUUCGUCUGUUCAGUGAACAAUGAAAGUAUACCAUGUGAUGUUCUCAAGGUCACUGGGAAAACUGCCAUCCUUGUUGCUAUGCUAAUUAUCUCCCUAGCCGUGGUGAUUUUGCAUGGGGUCGAUUCAAUGAAGGCAAUCAUAAUGUUUCGAAGAGGCAACAGUCAUAGACUCUUACCAGUUCUAUUGGAUCAUGGUUCAAUCUUACCUCAGGAAGUAGAUCAAGAUCAGAGCGGGACAGCUGAUAGGGGACCAGUCGACCAGGAGAUAACUGAAACCAUAAAAAGUGUUCAACAAAAAAUUGGACUAGUAUAUGCCACAAACUUCUUCUAUGCAUACCUGAAGAUUGUCAUCCAACGAGGUACAUGUCCAGGCUCAAAAUUGAAGGACACGAUUCAAGAAUAUAUUGAUAAAAAAGAUUUGAAACGAAGAAAAAUUAGAAUGGCCAAAAAGCUGUAUAUACUAGUUCCUGAUUCUGGAAAGUGUCCAAACUUGAUGAGCGAAAAGGACCCCAAAAUGAAGAAAACGUAUUUCUUCGAGUUUAAAGCAAAUCGUGCAGGUUCGUCGAGGACAUUCACAAACACAGUGUGGAAAUUUAAGAUUGGAGACCAGGAUUAUCAUGUCUUGGCUGAGUUUGCUACUAUCCUUCAAACGUUGACAGAGCUGCCGGAACAGAUCAUUAAUGACAAGGAAAAGAGAAUUGAAACGAGAAAAUUUUACAAAGAGCUCAAACGUAAUAUUGAUAACACUUUCGGAGAGUAUGGUGAUGUUGUUGAACUAGUAGAUAUUGACGAUUCAUCGCCAACGAUAUCUGAAGUCCUUAAAGAGAAAAUAGAUAAAGACUUUAAAGAGGCUGAUCACAGUACUGUAAAUCCUGUAAAAUUGGCCAACAUUAAUGUCAAACUAAAAAGCCAUUAAUCACAACAUCUAUGUCAUCUAUGUUGCUGCUACAAGCAGAGGCAUCAGGCAUCCAGUUGAAGGCAUGCCAAUAAAGUUGAACUAGAACUCUACAUGUUUAAACUUUCUCUCAAUAUAUCGGUGUAAUCUAGUAUUAUUUAUAAACAAAUUAGUUAACAGGCCAUUAAUUUCAUAUGUUUCACGCCAUCUAGAGAAAGAUAGAAGAUUGUUAGACAAUCAAUCUCUAAAUGAU